AUGGACAACACCAGCUACGUUUCCGUUAAUUUGACAUCCAAAAUGAAAAACCGAAACGAAUCGACUGCAGAAGAUGAAACAGAACAGGAGUCACCUCGUAAAACAGCCGGAUUUGAAUGGGCUGCUGAACCAGAUGAAAUGCUUUUUCCGUGUUGUGCAACUAAAUUUGUUAUGCUCGGAAUCGCCACUGUUCUUGUAGUUGUCGCAAUUCUCAAUUGGAUCCUUUCGAAAUAUUUUUCCUCAUUCGUCUGGCUUACUCUAUCCACUCUUUUCAUGGGUCUCAUCAUUUUUCUUCCUGAAUACUUUUCGAAUAUCAUCAAUUUUGCAGUCAACUUUUGUGUCUGGGUUGCAUUCAUCAUUUUUGAAAUUGUUGUCACCAUUCAGGCAGCACAGUUGAAGGGUGAAGAUCAUUGGACUCAAAGAACUCAAAGUGAAUUAACAGCUGCAAUCAUUUUUGGAUGCAUUGAGAUAAUUCUUGCAAUUGCUGUAGUUAUUCUCAUGUUCCGAAUGCUUUAUUACUAUUAUCAGAAUCGUGGAGACGAACAAAUCAUGGCUGUGGCUGCAUAA